AUGGGCCAGCUCGAACUGUACGAUGCGCCGCCGCCUUACGGCAGCAACAUAUCCACGUACCCAACUUCCCCUGCUCCAUACGACAUGCCUUCCGCGUCUCCCACCCCAGCACAAGUUCAGGCCGACGACCAGGAGGUCGAUGAGCUCGCGGCGCACUACCGCCAAUACAUCCCGUCGGUCCCUGGUGGUGGUGGCGGUUUUGGCGCAGCGUCGUCAGCAUUGUCCCCGCCCGCUGGCCUGGCACGUCCCAUCCUCAUCCCACAGGCGUAUGCCGCUGGUUUCACGCAGCCGCCGGCGCCUUUUUUGCGCGCCUACCCGCCGGUUCUCGGUGAUGCCGGAAUGAACAUUCCGCCCGCCCUCUUUGUCGCCAUGAUCGACGCCCUCAAUCUGUGCAUGGCCCCGCCCCCACCGCUUCAGGCCCUCAACCUCGUCGGCCAGGGUGUCGGGUUCGUGCCGAGCCACAUUGCCCAGGGCGUGUCGGCGGGACUGGGCGUCGUGGCCGGUGUGGGCGUGGCGGCGGCGCGCAUCACCCAGCUCAAAAAGUUCCUGGCGCGUGUCAACGCGGACGUAUUCGCACCGCGAGGGCUGGUGAUGGAGGUCGUCAAGGACGAGGCGGCGCUGCGCAUGGUGGGCGUCUCGCCGUCGAUGCUGCCGCCCGUCCUGCCACAACAAGCGCGUGGUGUGGCCGGCACCGGACCCGGUGUUGCCCCCCUCAAUGCUCUUGUCCACACUCGCCUGACGCAACUGGCCCCGCACACGUCUCCCCUCUCAUUUCAUGUGCCGCCCGCAGCCGUGCCGACAAGCCUGAUGGACCGCAUCACGGCGCGCCAAAAAGCGUCUCGCCUGGCCAAGGAUGCCAGGCGUGCGGAGAAGCAGCAGCAAAUGCGCGACAGAAAGAUGCGCAAAAUGGAGGGACGGAUGGAUCGACAGUCGUUGGCGGCGUCGUCGGAUAGUGGCGACAGUUCGAGUGCCUUUUCAUCCUACUCUGAAGGCGCCGCGGCGAUCCAUGCCAAGGCCGACAGCAGGCGGCAGAUGGCAGAGCAACAGGGCGACUGGAAGGCGGUGGCCAAGAUUGAAAAGAAGCGGGCCAAGGAGAUGGAGGACUUUGACAAGAAGCAACGGAAACACGGGGGCAAACACCACGACAGACACCAAGACAAACAACAGAGAAAGUAUGACAAAGACAUGCACAAGAUGGACAAGAAGGACCAGAAGCAGGGGGAAAAGGAUCAGAAGACGAUGGGAAAGCUGCAAUGGAUCGUGAUUCGGAAUCGCCAGUAG